AUGGCCGACCAGACGAUGAACGGCGCCGAGGCGGAGGAUGAGCUCCUCGACUACGACGAGGAGCACGAGGAGGAGGUGGGCAAGGCGGGGGCGGGCAAGGAGGGCGCCGCGGGCGCGGAGGUCGCCAAGAAGGGCUUCCUGGGGAUCCACUCCACCGGCUUCAAGGACUUCCUGCUGAAAUCCGAGCUGCUGAAGGCGAUCGUCGACUGCGGCUUCGAGCACCCGUCGGAAGUGCAGCACGAGUGCAUUCCCCAGGCGAUCCUGGGCAUGGACAUCAUCUGCCAGGCCAAGUCCGGCAUGGGCAAGACGGCCGUCUUCCUGCUGUCCAUACUGCAGCAGCUGGAGCCGCAGCCCAGCACGGUCAGCGCCAUCGUGCUGUGCCACACCCGGGAACUCGCUUUCCAGAUCUGCCACGAGUUCGAGCGGUUCGGGACGUACAUGAAGCACAUCAAGGUGCUGCCCUUCUUCGGCGGCGUGCAGACGAGCCAGAACAAGGAGCAGCUCAAGACGGACUGCCCGCACGUCGUGGUCGGCACGCCUGGGCGGGUGAAGCAGCUCGCGAAGGAUGGGGACUUGAAGCUGGGGAAGGUCCGCCACUUCGUGCUCGACGAGUGUGACAAGAUGCUGUCGAAGAUGGAUAUGCGGGCCGAUGUGCAGGAGAUAUUCAAAAUGACCCCUCACGACAAGCAAGUGAUGAUGUUCAGCGCCACUCUCUCCAAGGAAGUCCGGCCAGUCUGCAAGAAGUUCAUGACGGACCCGAUGGAAAUUUAUGUGGACGAUGAAGCCAAACUCACACUCCACGGCUUGGUCCAGCACUACAUUCUUCUGAACGAAGAUGAGAAGAACCGCAAGCUCAAUGACCUGCUGGAUGCUCUGGACUUCAACCAGGUGGUCAUCUUUGUCAAGAGCGUUCCACGUGCCCGCGAGCUCAACCGCCUACUCAACGAGUGCAACUUCCCGUCGGUCUGCAUUCACAGGGGCAUGCAGCAGGAGGAAAGGUUGGGGGUCUACAAGAAUUUCAAGGCAGGCCACAAGCGAAUCCUUGUUGCUACUGACCUGGUGGGCCGUGGCAUCGAUAUUGAGCGAGUGAACAUCGUCAUCAACUACGACAUGCCACAAACCAGUGAGCAGUAUGGCAAUGGUGCCGACACGUACCUCCACAGAGUCGGCCGGGCUGGGAGGUUUGGCACAAAGGGGCUGGCCAUUUCGUUUGUGGCUUCUGAGGCGGACUCGGACGUCCUGAACCAGGUUCAAGAGCGCUUUGAUGUGGACAUCAAGCAGCUCCCCGACGCAAUUGAUUCAUCCACGUACAUGAACCCAGCCAGCUGA